GUCCGCUUCGAGAUGUCCCUUGUAAGAAGGGGUCGCUGCAAAAUCGGACAGUACUGCCUGCAAUUAUUAUUUACGAAUUACGCCAAAUUUUUGCCGCCGAUUACGAAUUACGUUAAAUUCUCAGAGCUGAUUACGAAUUACGUUAAAUCAUGAGGAUUCCAGACCGUCUAAAACACAGCAACUAAUAGUUCUACGUCAAAACUAUUGCCUUUGUGUUGGUUGGCGCAUAGGCGGUAGAUCCAGGAGUUUUUUUGGAGUGAAGACAAGCUCUGGCGGGUGCCCAAAUCACCCGAAAUCGGGUUCGAACCGGUGGCUGCCGAAGGCACCGGGCGAUAACUAGGUGAAGCCGAUCAGCGAGUUCCGAGCGCGCCAUAAUUGUGAUGUAUGCCGGGAUGUGUCACACAGACGUCCACGUGUGGCAGAACGGAUUCUACCUGGGAGAGGGGAAACAUUUCCGCUACAGCGAGAGGCCAGGAUUCACCCUGCCUAUUAUCAUGGGCCACGAGACCUCGGGAACGGUGUACUCGUUUGCCGGUGACGCGGAGCAAGGCGACGUGCAGGUGGGGGAUAGCGUGGUGGUGUACCCGUGGGUGGGCUGUGAGAACUGCCAGGCCUGCGCCACCGGGAACGCCAACUACUGCAAGGGUCCGCUCAAAUACAUCGGGCCGGUGGUGGACGGAGGCUAUUCUGAGUACGUGAUCGUUCCGCACCCCCGGUACCUGGUGAAGGUACCAGCGGGCCUGCCCAUGGACGCCGCCGCCGUGCUGGCCUGUGGAGGACUGACUGCCUACAACGGCGUUACAACCGUCCAGCCGACAGUGGAGAGGCUGUCCAAAUUCAGGGAGCGUUGCACACUGCUGAUCGUGGGGCCUGGCGGGCUCGGUCUCUGGGCGGUUAAACUGGCCAAGCACGUCCUUCCUCCGGGCACCAGGAUCGUCUGUGCGGACGUGGACGCAGCAAAACUGAAGAUUGCUAAAGACAAUGGCUGUGAUGACACCAUACUUUGGGACAGGGAAGCUGACGUCGCCACGACUGUUGCUGCCACCCGUGCUAUCUGUACAGAUGGGGUAGACGCUGCCAUCGACUUUGUCAAUUCCUCCAAAACCUUUGCCAACAUACAGGGCUGUCUGGAAAAGUGUGGCAUCCAUGCUGUGGUCGGUCUGUUCGGAGGCGGCGGGACCAUCCCUCUCCCAACAUUCGCCCUACAGCAGAAGCAGGUGGUGGGUGUGCACGUGGGCGGGCUGCACCAGUUCAAGGAACUUCUGGCUCUGGUGGCAGACAAGCAGAUCCCUGCCCCUCCAUUGGAACAUCACCCCCUGGAACAGACAUGGGAUGUCCUGCAGGCACUGCAAGCUGGGAAGGUGGAAGGCCGUGCAGUCUUCCACAUGAACAAAACCUAAGCACCGGGUCAGUUCAAAUAGCCCCAAUCUCACGUCAGUGACCUAACGUUUACAUAAAAGUUAUCCAUGUGCAAGGAGGGACUUACAUUUAUAUUGAUCACACCGUGCGGGUAAUGGACCAGAAUGUAAUUGCUUUUCAACUCAGGGAAGCAGCUUUGAAAUAAUGGAAAAGUCAAACAAAACAUCAUCUGCCUUCUUUUCUUUUGAAGAAUCUGUGAUGAAUACUUUGAUGGAAAUAAGUAGUUGUCUUGUCUGGGUGCUUUUGUUUCCUUCACAAAGACUAAUAAAAUUCUUCUGACUGAAAUAAAUUGUUCUUUA